AUUGGACAAUAUAUGGGGUGUCUGUGCUGUCCGAAUUAUUCAUGUUAUACAAAAUAACACGUGAUCACGCGUUUUGACUCACGCGCUCUGGCUUCGUAUAUGCAUCUAUGCUGUUCGUCCGAAAAACCUCAUCCAAGCUCCACCUCGCUGCCACGCCUAGGGACGGACCGCUCAUGCGCAGCAAUCAUUCCUAUCAUACAGUUCGACGCGGAGUCAAAAUGAAGCCGACUAUUCGGAUUCGUCGCAUUCCUUGCUGAAUAUUAUGAUUACACGCUUCAUCGUUUGCCUCGGCGGACUUCCAUGCGAAUGUUGAAGUCAUAGCUCUUUGUAGUAUUUAAACCUCAGAACGCUCCCGUGGAGGUCUUAAUUCUCAAACGCAACAACACCCUCCUACACCUCCUCACACCAGAACCAUCAAGACUUUCCCAACAUGUCCACUUCCACGGAGCGAUCUCUCGAAGGCGGUUGCCUUUGCAAGUACAUCCGCUACCGCCUCACAGGCGACCCUCUCAUCGUCCAAUGCUGCCACUGCACAUGGUGCCAGCGCGAAACCGGCUCCGCCUUUGUCAUCAACGCUCUCUUUGCCAGCGAACACGUCACCCACCUAGGCGGCGAACCCAAUGUCAUCUCUACCCCAACCGCGAGCGGCAAGGGACAAGAAAUAGCACGAUGCCCAAAGUGCUACGGAGCGGUGUGGUCGAAUUACGGGGGAGCAGGACCACUGCUACGAUUCGUGCGCGUGGGAACGUGGGAUAGCCCGCAUGAAGCGACUCCAGAAGUACAUGUUUUUACUGCGUCCAAGGUGCCCUGGGUGGAACUCCCAAAGGAUGUACCCGCUUACGAGGGGCCUUAUGACGCGGGCAAAGUGUGGUCUAAGGAAGUUGAUGAGAGAAGGCAUGCUAUGAUGGAGAGGAUUCAGGCACAAAGGGCUAAGCAGGAGCCAUAGC